CACAUGCGUAGUAGCGGUGGGCGGAGUUUUCCAGUCGGUCAGGAAGAGGAGAAAGGCGGACACAGAAACAUCAAGCGAUGGCUGCUAUCAGGAAGAAGUUGGUGAUAGUAGGAGAUGGUGCAUGUGGGAAAACCUGUCUGCUCAUCGUCUUCAGCAAGGACCAGUUCCCAGAAGUCUACGUCCCCACGGUGUUUGAGAACUAUGUGGCAGACAUUGAAGUGGAUGGCAAACAGGUGGAAUUGGCACUGUGGGAUACGGCAGGUCAAGAAGAUUAUGACAGAUUGAGGCCUCUCUCUUAUCCUGACACUGAUGUUAUUCUCAUGUGUUUUUCUGUGGACAGCCCCGACAGUUUAGAGAAUAUUCCAGAAAAAUGGACGCCUGAGGUGAAACACUUCUGUCCAAAUGUUCCCAUCAUCCUUGUGGGUAAUAAAAAAGAUCUGCGUAAUGAUGAUCAUACCAGACGAGAGCUUGCCAAAAUGAAACAGGAACCAGUUAAAUAUGAAGACGGCAAAGAGAUGGCGAACCGCAUCAGUGCCUAUGGUUACCAAGAGUGUUCUGCUAAAACCAAAGACGGUGUGAGGGAAGUCUUUGAGAUGGCGACUAGAGCAGCACUACAGGCCAAGAAACGUGGAAAAAAGUCCACUUGCCUUCUGCUAUAGGUUCUUGGAGAAGAAGGGACUGCCCUCAAGCACAGAUGGGAGGACAGUUAAAUUGACAUUUGACAUAUGGGGAGAAUAUUGGGGGAGGGACCAGAGAGGUUUUAUGGAUGCCCAAUUUCUGAUCACCCAGUUACCUUCAGCAAGUUAACACAGAUCUCAAGUGAUAUGAUAGGCUUAUACACCAUGAUUCUUAAUAUGUUAAUAAUAGUUUUUGUGCCAUUUUGAAUCUGUUAAAUACUUUCAGAUAAAGGGGUCUGUUGGGCAGGUGGUUGCGGGGUGAUUUGAAGUUGAGUGGAUGCACAUAGGGGCUGAAAUGUGCCAUAAUGGGAAUGAAGAGAAUAAAAGUCCUCCCCAGGCCAAAGACAAUGGGGACAUGACAGUGAAAGAGAAAAUACAAAAAAAGGGUUAAAUUAAGUCCAUGUCUAAUGGAUCUUACACAUUAUCGCCUACAUGUAGUGCCUUGAGAGCAGUGGUCAGGAAGAGUAAGUUAAGGGGUAGGGAUUCAUAAUUUAGAUGGGGUAUUUUGUCAUUUGUAGUGUCCAUGCAUAAUGUUUAUGAUUGCUUUCUCCUUGUCAUUGGCUUGGCUCCUUCAGGCCCAUGUUAUGACUCAGGCGCUAUGCAGGGGUAUGCCUAAAGUAGAUUGUAUGAGAAUAUUUUCCCAUACUAAGUAGAAUUACUUACCUAUACUUUAAACAGAGAGUGUGUGAGUGUAUUUGAGUGUGUGCGCAACUGUAUGAAUGUUUGUUUUCUCCAGUGCAGGUCUGCAUGCAGUGAAUGUGUGUAUAUUUCUGUAUGUAUUAACAAACUGUAUGUGUCUAUGUACUGUAUGCAUGGAAAGGCCUUCUGCGUCACUGACCACUCCCUGUUUCCAUGCCAAAGUUACCCCUGAAGGCCACAUUUUCACAUGGCACAGACGGGUAAUGGAAUUAACAGCUACUCAGAGUGACAUAGAAACCUUCACUUUACUGGAAGACAUUGCUUUAUAGCUAGAGGCACAAUCAGGUUAAACAUAUUAUGAGUUUUUAGGACCUUUUUUGUGUAUACAAGAGAUUCAAUUGAUUGUGUUCAUCAGUGGUUCAAAUCAUGAGUGGUGUAGGUGAUAAGUUGAAUAUUCUUUCAAAUAGAUAAUAGGCGUAUCUUAUUACUAUAAUGUCCAUUGUGUACGACAUGUCUUACAGGCCUUGUAAGGACAAGUUAAUGAUGUGUAUUUCAAGUAUGCCUUUUACUCAACUCUCCCCAGCCCCUCCCUUUAAUGAUAUUGUCACAAUUGUACUAUUACUUUUUGUUGUUGAUGUCUCUAAUUUCUUAGUAUAUUUUAAUCAUUUUACUUAAUCCUGCUGUUAUGAUCAGUUUAUGUCAGUUAAAUGAUAAAUUGUAACCUUAGUAUUGAAUAUUGUUAAUUAAAGGUCAAGCUUGGGGUAUGAAGCUGGCAUGGUUGUGGGGGUGGGCUGAUGGAGUUUGUUUUUUUGUUUUGUUUUUUUUUCUUUUGUUUUUGUACUGUGACUAUGGGUUUUCUGGAUUUUUUUUUCAUCAAAUAAAGCUGGUAUUAGGGUUUUCUGCUGUUAAAUA